AUGAGUGAAGUAUGCGAGGAUAGAUCGGUCAUGGCUGUGCUCAGUGAGGGCAGUAGUACUCUCACUACUAUCAAAGGAUCGUCAUUAGUAGGUACUGGUGACAACUUUUAUGAAGGGGGUAUUUCUACCAAUGAGUUCGAUGAUAGAUUCAAGAGCACCUUUGAGGACGUUUUCUCGUCUCCUAGUCUACAGGGAGCUGCUGUCAAAGUGCUCGUUGUUAUGAUUGACACCAUCGUUUUGGACGGUCUGGCUGAGGAAGGGUCUUCCUACAAUUGCCGAGAUGGGGAGGGGAUAUGUAUGAGCGAGUAUGAUGGCGACCAUCGAGAGUUGUCGAGGACUCAGCGGUCUGCAUUGGAGUGGAUCGAGAACGCCUUGUCGAAGCAUGAUGGUGUUGCCGACUUCAUCCUAGUGGUUGGUCACUACCCUAUUUGGUCUUUGGCUGAGCAUGGUCCCACCUACCGACUGUCUCGACUGCUGAUGCCUAUAUUCACCAAAUAUCGGGUUACGGCAUACCUCUCGGGCCAUGACCAUGUCCAUCAACAUCUGUAUGAAUAG